CGUGCGACCGAGGCUUGUUGGUUUUGAAUGGGCUUGCUUGCAUUUUCCUGGUGAAAUAAUCCAUUUGGACAGUAAUAAACACGCGAAAUGGACAGUCGGUUGCAGGAAAUUCGUGAGAGGCAGAAGAUAAGACGACAACUUCUUGCACAACAGCUGGGAGCAGAAAGUGCAGACACCAUUGGCGCCGUUCUUAACAGCAAACAGGAGCAAAAGGAGAUCGAAGAGACAAGAGAGACGUGCAGAUCGUCGUUCGACACGACAGCGUCCGGCUCCAAAAGGAAAUGCCAGAAUGAGGGUGAGGACGCCGAUGAGGACGUUGAGGAGCAGAGAGAGGACGCAGAGCCUCAGCAGCAGGAGGACAGCGGUCCAUUCGAAGAGGUCUACAAGGACUCCAGCACGUUUCUGAAGGGGACGCAGAGUCUGAAUCCUCAUAACGACUACUGCCAGCAUUUUGUGGACACGGGACAUCGACCGCAGAACUUCAUCAGAGAUGUGGGUCUGGCUGACCGAUUUGAGGAGUACCCCAAACUCCGGGAACUCAUCCGGCUCAAAGACGAGCUCAUCUCCACUACAAACACACCGCCCAUGUACCUGCAGGCCGAUCUGGAGAACUUUGAUCUUCGGGAUCUGAAGUGUAAAUUUGACGUGAUCCUGCUGGAGCCUCCGUUAGAAGAGUAUUACAGAGAGUCAGGCAUCAUCGCCAGCGAACGCUUCUGGACCUGGGAUGAUAUCAUGAAGCUGGAGAUCGAUGAAAUCUCAGCACUGCGUUCUUUCGUCUUUCUCUGGUGCGGCUCAGGAGAGGGGCUCGAUCUCGGGAGGAUGUGUUUGAGGAAAUGGGGGUUCAGGAGAUGUGAGGACAUCUGCUGGAUCAAGACCAACAAAAACAACCCGGGAAAGACCAAAACGCUAGACCCUAAAGCAGUGUUUCAGAGGACCAAGGAGCACUGCCUGAUGGGUAUUAAGGGCACGGUGUGGCGCAGCACAGACGGUGACUUCAUCCAUGCUAACGUAGACAUCGACCUGAUCAUCACAGAGGAGCCUGAGAUGGGCAAUAUCGAGAAGCCUGUGGAGAUUUUCCACAUCAUUGAGCACUUCUGCCUCGGACUCAGACGUCUGCAUCUAUUUGGGAGAGACAGUACUAUCAGGCCAGGCUGGUUAACCGUCGGACCCACGCUGACCAACAGCAACUUCAAUGCUGAAGCCUACUCCGCCUACUUCUCAUCUUCCCACCUCUCUGGCUGCACAGAGGACAUUGAAAGGCUCCGCCCCAAAUCUCCACCCCCUAAGGCAGAGGGGUGCAGGGGGGCUUCGCGAGGGGGCCGAGGUGGAGUGGCAGGGGGUCGAGGUGAACGCGGGCGUGACAGGAACCGACCCAACUUUCGAGGAGAGCGGGGUGGGUUCAGAGGUCGUGGCGCACCUCACCGCGGGUUUCCUCCACGAUAAAUUCACAUUUUUAUCAUGGUGGGGUUUUUUUGUUUGUUUGGUUUUUUUUAAGUAAAAAUGAUGACACAGAGCUGAUAUAUAUUUUUUUUAACGGACCAGCAGGUUGUUGUUGUUUGGCUACCAAAGUUUUCGCCUUUUGUUUUCAAUUUUUGGAUCUAGAUCAUACCAUAGACAUGACCAAACAGCUGAGGAGUUUUAUAUGUGCACAUCUUGCAUUUUAAAAGGUUCAGAUCUUCAUCAGUGCUGUUCGAUUUCUUCUGUUCGGAUCGAACGUCAAUUGUUAGAAAUGCAGUUUUGAGAUUUUUAAUGAUUUUAUAAUUGGUCUUUUAUAAUUGUAAUUGUUCUGAUUUUUUUUUUUCUUUUCUUCCCUAAAAAUGUCAUGUAUGCUUUACUUUGCAACUUCCUUCGGCUCUGGUAUUAGUAAUGGGUCUGGAGGCAAACAUUAAAGACCCUGUUUUCAACCUCUGCAUUCAGACAUCAUCUGCAUCGCAGGCUAUCUCUCAGACAUCUUUAUUUUUUUUUUUGCUGUGCAUGUGUUUAAAUGGGAGGUGAUGGAAAGUGGAAAAUUAGUUUCUCUCCUCUGUUUCCUCAAAAAAUAAAAUCACUUUUAAAGGUGUGUACUUUUGCCCUAGAGUGGACAGAGAAAUAACUCCAAUUGAAUAUACACUCGCCAUCUGCACCUGUACCACUGCGCAUUCAGCAAUGAUCCAAUCAUGUGGAAGCAGCACGGUGUAUAAAAUUAUGCAGAUAGUGUGUAGAUACAUCUGUAGAGCCACUGGGACACAUCAUCAGUAAUGUUUCCUGAAGUCAUCAGGUGUUACGAGUCUUUCAACAUCACACCCACAACCAGGGAUAGACCCUGGCUUGUGUCCCAGCAGCAUUAGUCCAUGUUUUGGACCUUUUUAUCCAGAUCCACCAAGAGGCUCUCUCUGCAGCCUCUAUGGUGGAUUUGAUGGCUCUCCUCUUUGCAGCUCCUGUGAUGCCAAGCAGGGUGUAGGUCUUGCAUAAGGAGUGGGCAGCAAAGCCUCUACAUCCCACUUCUGUGGGCUCACAGUGAGCUUUCCAGUCACUCCUCCAGCAUUGCUCCACCAGCUCAUUGUAUUUGAGCCGCUUGCGCUUGUUGGCCUCUUCCAUGCAGUCCUCCCAAGGGACUGUCAACUCAACUAAGAGGACCUGCUUAGAAGAAGCCGAUGUUAACACCAUGUCUGGCCUCAAGGAGGUUGGUGUCACAUGGUCUGGGAACUUGAGCUGCCUGCCAAGAUCAAUUUGCAUCUCCCAGUCUGAUGCUGAUGGUGUAGGCUGUGGUCAUGGCUUCUCUCCAGGUCUUACAAAGGAGAUUUUCCUCUGACUGUGGGUGUGCUUGUUGUUGCUCACUGCCCUGGAAAUGGCCUCAGCCACUGACUUCAGCACCUGGUCAUGUCACUAGCAGUAGUGCCCCUCCCCAAGGGCUGUUGUGCAGCUGCUUAGGAUGUGCUCCAGUGUACCCUUCCUGGGGCAGAGAGGACAUGUUCAUCAUUCACUCUUGCUCCAAACGUGCAGGUUUGCUGGGCUGAGUAGCACGUUGUAAACAGCUUGGACCAUGAACUUGCUAUGCUAAGGCUCUGCCUGCCAGAUGUCAGUCCAGGUCAGCUUCCUCUCCAGCACUCCUUCUCACCUUGUCCUAGCCCCCUGCUACUGCAUGCUCACCAUCCUGCUGGUCCGCACCUCCUCCAGGACUAGAUGGUAUCUGUCCUUGCCAUGGGCCUUGUCGUAUCGAGGCUGUAGGAUGGCUCCUAUCCCAGCACACCUGGUUGCCACUGUGCCCACCAGAGCUUUGCAUCUCAGCUGAGACUCCACCAGCUCCAGCCCUUCUUGAGCUUUCCACUUCCUGCAUGUCCACACAUUGAUGACCACCGAUGCCACUCUGGAGUCACUGGAGUCCUGAUACUCCAGCACUUUUCUUGUGUGUGAGACCCUGAACUCCUCUUCCAGACUGCUGAUGGGAAGCUGGAGUUUGUUGUUCCUACUGUACAGCACUGCACUGUUGAGACUGCACGGCAGACCCAGCCAUCUGCGGAGGUAACAGCUGAUCUUUCUCUGCUGGAGACAUUGUCACCUUGUACACCAGCAGAGGCCAGAGGAUAUGAGGCAAGGUGCCGUGCUGGUAUAUCCACACCUUGAACCUCCUGGAUAAACCAGACUUGUCUACUGCGGACAGCCAACCUUCAAGGUUCUUGAUGGUUGACUGGAAAGACGCUGCGUUCCUAAGGCUACAGUCAAAGACCUUGUCUUGGCUAGUGACUGGUUUCUCAGUGAUAGAUGGUCUAGGAACACUGUCCACAAAGAAGCAGAACUUGGUCACCAUACCACUUUUUGUCUCUUCAGGACCAUGGACCUGGAUUUUAUUGGUUUAAAGCUCAUUCUUGCCAAAGAGAUGAGCUUUACCAGGCUGAGAAGGAUACAUCUGUUGCCAGGCACUGAUGUCAUGGUGACUGUCAGAUCAUCCAUGUAGACUCUGAUGGGGGGGGCUGCCAAAUACUGGACUUGGACAGGGUGCCUCUGUCUCAGCUGCCUUGACCACCAUAUUCAUGGCAAGGGCGAAGAGAAUAACUAACUGAGAUGGUACAGCCAGUUAUGAGCCCUUUCUCGAGCUGAUGCCAGUCAGAUGUUGAGCUCCCAGAAGUGACUCUAAGCCUGAAGUCCCCGUAGUAGUUCCCGUAGCUGCUUGACUGUCUGUUAUUUUCAUGCACAAUAGUCUCUAGAAUUUACGCAGAAUAGUGAGGAAAACUAAAGGAACUAAAAUAUUUUAACUAAAGGAAAAUUAAUAGGUUAAAAAACAAGUAAUUUUUUUUCUUAAACCCACGUGGAUAUUCCUGAAGUAUCUCUACAACUGUUUUGUUUCCAUUCUUCCUUAUCUACUGGGCUCUUUGGCUUGCUGUCUUCAUGUGUUGUGCAACCUGACUUGGUGGCCAGAUAAUGUUUUUGAGCCAUUUAAUCAUAUGGAGAGCUCUUUCAGCAAAUUCUGUUUUGGAGCACAUUUUAAUGGGAGAACAUGGGAGUUCAAGAUGGGAUUUCAGAACAAUCCAAAUAUCUUGUGUGUACAUGACAGAACAGUGUUAUUGCAGACUCUUGGCACAACUUCAGACGUAGUGGUAUGUCUACCUCUGCGGAGCUUUGUAUGAACAAUUAGAAGACGCUGUUGCAAAAAGCCUGUGAUGUCCUCGGCUAAACCAUGUUUCCUUAGUUUUGAAUUGAGUAAUAACUGUACUUGCAUAGUCUUUAUGCUGACUGCUCAAUGACUGAUGAAGCCAGUUUGGUUUUGGUACCAAACUGUUGAACAGCUGAAAUUGUACAUCAGAAAUAAUGUGACAUUUCACUUUCAAAACUAUAGCAAUUGGUCUCCUCAGUUUCCAAACAUUUACAGUGUUAUUAAACAUGGAGUUGAUGCAACAUAGUCAUAAACAUGCCCCUGUUCCAACUUUUUUGGAACGUGUUGCUGGUAUUAAAUUCAAAAUGAGCUGGAUUUAAAAAAUAAUAAUAAUUUUUAAAAAAGAUUUCUCAGUUUAAACAUUUGAAAAAUAGCCUUUGUACAGUACUAUUUCCAAUGAAAUACAAGGUUUCCAUAAUUUGCAAAUUAUCAAGUUCUUGUUUUAUGUACUGUUUACACAGCA